GUAGGAGGAGUUUAUUCUGGCCUGGUCUAGUCGGGGCCCGAGUUGUGGAAUAAGGUCGCAGCACACGUGGAGUUGUAGCCGGUGGAGAGCAGAGCAGACAUCAUGACUGAGCAGGACGUUGAAAACGAGCUGUUGGAUUACGAAGAAGAUGACGAGCCGCAGCAGUCAACUGAAACACCGGCACCCACUGCCAGGAAGGAGGUGAAGGGCUCCUACGUGUCCAUCCACAGCUCCGGAUUCAGAGACUUCUUGUUAAAACCUGAACUGCUCAGAGCCAUUGUGGACUGCGGGUUUGAACAUCCCUCAGAAGUACAACACGAAUGUAUACCUCAAGCCAUCCUCGGCAUGGACAUCUUGUGUCAGGCCAAAUCCGGUAUGGGUAAGACUGCGGUCUUUGUCCUGGCCACACUUCAACAGAUCGAGGCAGUGGAAGGACAAGUAUCGGUUCUCGUAAUGUGCCACACGCGUGAGCUCGCCUUCCAGAUCAGCAAAGAAUAUGAAAGAUUCUCAAAGUACAUGCCUACUGUAAAGGUUGCUGUUUUCUUUGGAGGCCUUUCCAUCAAGAGGGAUGAGGAGACGAUCCAAAAAAGCUGUCCACACAUCGUGGUGGGAACUCCGGGCCGGAUCCUGGCGCUGGUCAGGCAGAAGACUCUGAACUUGAAGAAUGUCAAACACUUUGUCCUGGAUGAGUGUGAUAAGAUGUUGGAGCAGCUCGACAUGCGCCGAGACGUUCAGGAGAUUUUCCGUCUCACCCCUCAUGAGAAACAGUGCAUGAUGUUCAGUGCCACCCUCAGCAAGGAGAUCCGUCCAGUCUGCAGGAAGUUCAUGCAGGACCCUAUGGAAGUGUUCGUGGACGAUGAAACCAAGCUGACCCUUCACGGUUUGCAGCAGUAUUACGUCAAACUAAAGGACAGCGAGAAGAACCGGAAACUGUUUGACUUGUUGGAUGUGCUGGAGUUCAAUCAGGUGGUCAUCUUUGUAAAGUCCGUGCAGAGGUGUAUAGCGCUGGCACAGCUCUUGGUGGAACAGAACUUCCCAGCUAUCGCAAUCCACAGAGGGAUGCAGCAAGAAGAGAGGCUCUCGCGAUAUCAGCAGUUUAAGGAUUUCCAGAGGAGAAUUCUUGUGGCCACCAACCUUUUCGGACGAGGCAUGGAUAUAGAAAGAGUUAAUAUAGUCUUCAACUACGACAUGCCGGAGGACUCCGACACCUACCUGCAUCGGGUGGCUCGCGCUGGAAGAUUCGGAACAAAGGGUUUGGCCAUAACGUUUGUAUCCGACGAGGAAGAUGCCAAAAUCCUCAACGACGUCCAAGACAGAUUUGAAGUCAACGUGGGCGAGUUACCCGAUGAGAUAGACAUAUCCACUUACAUUGAACAGAGCCGAUAACGCUGCCCCCCCCCCUCCUCCUCCUCCCCUGCGGUCCUGCUAGAACGUCUUCGUGGUGGUCUGAUUAGUCUCUGCUCUCGUCUGGCUGCACACACAUGACGGGGAUGUUUCAGUUUUACCAUACCUGGGAUUUUUUAUUGAGUUUGGUUUUGUGUAAAGAAGGGAAAGAAAUUAAACUUUUUUUAUUGUUUAGAUCUUGCGUGUCCUUCGCUUUCUUUAUA